AUGUUUUAACCAAAAAUGAUAGAAUUAGAAGAAUAAUUCAAUUGUAGCCAAAACCAUAACCAACCAAUCCUGAUGGUUUUAUUAGAUCGCAAUUUAAAAAGAGAUGAACGUUUAUUAUGUGCUUUAUGCAUGGAAAAUUUAGAAGCAGAGACUAAAAUAAUGGGAUUUAAAAAAGUACUUUAAUUAAUUUAAGAAAAAUAAAAGAAUAAAUUAGAAAAUACCUAAAGAUUAAUUAAAGUUGAUGAAGAGUUGAUAGAAUAAUUUCUGAAUGAGAUUAUUAAGUUAAAGUAAAAAAUAAUUUUAUAAUUUGAUGAAGUAAUAACGAAUUCUAAAGAAUGGAUGAAUAAUCUUAAUCUUAUUGGAUAAAGUGACUCAAAAUAUAGUUUCUUUGAUGAAUUAGAUGUAAUAAUUGAUAGUAAAGUGUAAAACUUGUUUAAUUAACAGGCUAUUAUUGAUUAAAUAAAAACAAUCAAUAAUUCAUAUUUAAACAAAAUAAAUAUGGAAAUAAGUUGUCUUAAAAACUAAAAUUUAUAUUCAUCAUGUGAAAAAAUAUUAAUCAAUUUAAAUCUAAUCCAUCAUAUGAAAUUAAUUGAUAAUUCAAUUUAAGAACCAAAAUCUUGUUAUGCAAUUUCUUUUAAUUAAUCUGGAUCACUCCUAAUUUCAGCCUCUAAUAAUGACAUUAAAAUAUGGAGUUUUGAUAAAGGAAAUAUGAAUGAAAUUAGCAAAAUUAGUGAGCAUACCAAUUAUAUAUGUUGUCUUUAAUUUAGUAAGUAUAGCAAUAGUUUUUUAUCAGCAGGUUAUGAUUAAUCAAUUAGAUGUUGGAAAUAGAUUAAUUAAAAUUAAUGGUAGAGUUCUUUAUCCUAUAAGGAGCAUACCAAUUGUAUAGAUUGCUUAAUUUUAAAUAAAUCUGAAAAUUAACUUGCCACUGGAGGUUUAGAUAAAUAAAUAAAAAUUUGGAAUAUUAGUUUUGCUAAUAAUUAAUUAGCUUACCUUUAUUCAUUAGAGAAACAUACAAAUAACGUUUAUAGUUUAAGCUUUAAUGAAUCUGAAGAUACUUUGAUUUCUUGCGGGGGUGAUGAUUAAAUAAUUAUUUGGAAAAAAGACAACAAACAAAUAUGGUAAUUUGGAUAUAGAGUUACAUAAUCAAUUUAAGAAUUUGGAUGCAGAUUAUGCUUCAUUAAUGAUAACUAAUUUAUAUGGGUAACUGGAAAUAAAGUAAGCAAGGAUUGCAUCUGCACAUUUGAAGUUAUAAACUAAAAUUUUCAAGAAAAUUUGUAAAAGUAAGUCUAGUUAGUUUAAAAUAAUUCAUAAUGUGAUAGAAACAUAGCUCCAAUUAUGCAUGUCAAAAACACAAAUUUAAUAAUUGUUAAGCAUAAAUAUAACCUUUACUUUAUCAAAAUAUAAAAUGAUGGCUAAUUAAAAAUAAUCACAUGGAUAUAAUAUGAAUCAAAUACAAUAUCAGGAGCAUUAACUAAUGAUGGAAAAUAUUUAGUAAUAUGGGAUAAAGCGGGACAGAAAUACAAUAUAUAUGAAUUAUACAUUAAUUGA